AUGAUUGCUGCUGGGAGUGUAGUAAUGAAGAAGUUAACGAUUAAGAUUGCUUCCCAAAGAAUUGAAGCUAUCCCUGGGAAGAAGUUGCUUGCUGAUGAACGGAGUUGCAGUGCUUCUGUGGGUGAGAAUCAUGGUUCUCGGAUGACGAAACAGAAAUCUGCUGUGCCAGGUUCUAAGAAGCGUGGUCCACCAGAGACGAUAGAGUGUCAACAGCAGAAGAGGCAGAAGAUGGACCGUUGUGUGACACAACAGUGUUCUGCCCUUCUAAAAUCACUGAUGGCUCAUCCAGCUGGUUGGGUUUUUAACAGGCCUGUGGAUCCAGUAGCACUGAAGAUUCCUGAUUACUUCACAAUUAUAUCAAAUCCUAUGGAUUUAGGAACAGUAAAGUCCAAGCUGGGAAAGAAUUUUUAUGCUAGCACUGAUGAGUUUGCAGCUAAUAUCAGACUGACCUUUUCGAAUGCUAUGCUGUAUAAUCCUCCGACAAAUAAUGUCCAUAAAAUGGCAGCGGAACUAAAUGAGAUUUUUGAGACAAGGUGGAAAGCUUUGGAGGAAAUUUGGAAUCAUGAAGGACGGAAGUUUGGAAGUGGAAAGAUUUCAAGUGGAGGUACAACACAAAUUGUUAAUGCCAAACAGAAUUGUCCCAGAACACCGCCUCUGUGCAGUACUGCUUUGCCAAAGAGGUCAAAACCAUCUGAAGAAAAGGUGAUAAGGAGCUUGUCCAAUGCAAGUGUUAUUACAGAAGCAAAGCCUACUAAACCAGCAGAGAUGCUCAAGUCCCUCGUGCCAAAUCCUUACAAAGGCACUGGUGGUGGCGGUAGACAUGCAUGCAGCUCUAUGAAUGUGAAACCAUCUCUGAUCCCAGUUGCUUCAAACUGUGGUAAAUGUGGCAGUAAUGCAUGUCAAUGCAACCUCCGAAUUGAUUCAACCCAUACAAACUCAGAUAUAUCUUCUGAGAGAUCAUCUGGGAGAGAUCAGCAUGAAUGUAGUACUGAUACCUCAAAACUGGCAAAAAGCAUGCCUGUCACACAGAUGAGCAAGUCAGAUCCAGAUUCUGAUGGGGCUGUUAGUGCUUUGGAUGAUGAAAAUAUGUGUCCCAAUUCCCAGCUUACAACAGAUGCAGCUUCUGGAGAAGAGUGGAACUCUCUGUUUGAUGUACCACUGUCUCCAACCAAAGCUCUUCGUUAUGCAACAAUAAAGCAUCGAUUUGCAGAUACCAUCCUAAAAGCUCGAAAUAAGGCACUGCUUGAUAAUGGUGAUAAAGCUGAUCCAAUGAAGAUGCGGCAGGAGAAGGAAAGAUUAGAAAGGCAGCAGCGGGAAGAGAAGGCUAGGAUUGAAGCACAAAUCCGAGCUGCUGAAGCUGCCUCACGAAGAAGGGAAGAGAUGGAACUGAAAAAGCAACGGGAGAGAGAAAGAGAAGCUGCCCGAAUUGCACUGCACAAGAUGGAGAAAACUGCUGAGAUUGAACAGAACCUAGACAUUCUGAAAGAACUGGAGAGGCUCUGUGGCUGUUCAAUAUCAUUCAAUUUCCAUUUUGGCAGCGGAAGAAUGAAAAUGAUAAAGGGAGAAAUUGAAGCUUGCAUUGGUAGCCCACUUGAGAGGUUGGGUUUGUUUAUAAAAGAUGACAUUGAAGACGUGGAUGAUGAGGAGUUUCUGGAUGAAGAUGGAGAGGAAGGAGAGAUACUCUGUUAA